AUGGGAGCGCAGCAGCAGCAGCAGGAAACGAAGGGGGAAGAGGUGGAGGAGGGCGGCGUCGGCAAGAGGAGGAAGGUCGCCACUGAUGUCACCAUGGACCUCGACAUCCUCGACUGCCCCGUCUGCUUCCUCCCCCUGCGCCCUCCCAUUUUCCAGUGCACCGUGGGACAUACCAUAUGUUCGUCUUGCCGUAACAUGCUCACAGACAAGUGUUGCCUCUGCUCCCUUCCCACAGUCUACAAUCGCUGCCACAUGGUCGAAAAUGUCGUUGAAUCGAUCAAACUUGCUUGCCCCAACACUAGUCACGGAUGCACAGCAAGGAUAAACUACUAUCAGAAAGAAGACCAUGAGAAACGUUGUCAAUAUGCGCCAUGUUUCUGCCCCGAAACUGGCUGCAGCUUCAGUGGACCAACCGAAGUGCUCCGGGAGCAUUUUUUAACCGAGCACGAUUGGUGCUACGGGGAAAACAAUCUUAGGUACGGCAAAACGUACAGGAUCAAGACGUUGCUGGGAGUCCUGGGACCAACUGUCUUGACGAGCAACGACGGGCACCUCUUCCUGAUCAACAUGACAAUGGAGUCCCUCGGCGGUGUCAUCUCAGUUUGCUGCAUUGAGCCUCACAAUAGUGGAUCGAGGUUCAAGUGCAGGCUGGCAUUGUCGUGCGGCGAACCAAGCUUCUCCCAGACUAUGGAGUUCUUAACAAGGAGCACUAAUCUGCAUCAUGGGUUUCCCAAAGAUUGCAUCCCGUUCCUUGUGCCAAAGGUGUUGCUGCAAGGCACCGGUACAAACCCCACAGCCACGGUGCUUGUGACCCUCGAGCCACAGUAGGCACCAUGUGAAGUGAUGACGCGCCUGCGUACAUACUACUCCCGUGUAGGGCUUGGUUCUUCUCAGUUGCUAGCUGACAGCUUUUGGAGGAGGCACUAGUGUUCUUUUGGCAUGUCUCGAUCAUCGGUUGACAUGCACUGUUGGUUUUCUUGGCAAAGUUUUGCUUCAAAUCGCCGAAGUGAACAAUGAAACUACAUUUAUGAAGCAAAUAUGUAUGCCAUGCGUGUCGAAACUUCAGUCA